AUGCGGUUAGAGCUGAAGAUGGCAAGAAUAGAGGCGGACGGCGUGAGGGCAGAGAUGGAAGGGAUGCGAGGCGAAAUGGACAAGAUGAAGGUGGACCUGGCGCUGCUCAAGCGAGCGGACGCGGCGCGGGAAGCGGCGGGGCGGCGAGAGAACGUGAAGAUUCCGGACGUGGGGAUGUACGCGCCGGCCACGAGCACUGCCGCCAUGAGGAGUGUCCUGGUACAAACCGCGCAGACGCCGACUCCGGCAGCUUCAUUGCCGCCCCAGGUAGCGGGGAAAGGUCCAACAGUCCAGGGGAUGAGUGAUAGAGACAACGAGAUUGGGGAGUCGUACCUGUACCAACAAUGGGCUUCAAGCAAUGGGCUUCGAGUCUUCAGGGUUGUCGCAAGGUGA